CUGUCCUAUCUAGAUUGAUUGUCCAAAUAUUUAUUUGGCUGAUAGCUUACAUGUACAGGACCUUGUGUAAAUUGGGAUUGGUUUAUCUUUAUCAGCAGUCUGUAUUUCCUGGCAAUAGCUCUCAUUGAAUAACUUAAUUUAAAAACAAAUGUUUCCGGCCUAAUUUCGAGCUUUUCCUUCCUUAUUUGUUUCCUCAAAAUUAAUCUUUAAUUAAAAUUAGCAAAAUGCUUCCAAUCGACCCCCACAACGAGAUGGCAUACUCCUUCGUGGUAUUCGGAGCCUCCGGUAGCCUAGCCAAGCAGAAAGUUUUCCCGGCGCUCUGGUCCCUUUACCGCGAAAACAGGUUCCCGCAGGGCGUCAAGAUAUUCACCUUCUGCAGGACCCAGCUGCAGACGAAGACCCUGCGGCUGCAGGUGCUACCUUACAUGGACCUGGACAAGAAUCGGGACCCGAAGAAGUACAACCGCUUCUGGACGAACGUGCACUGCGUGCAGGGCGAGUACGACAGGCCGGAGCACUAUGUGGCCCUCAGCGAGGCCAUGGUUCGCCAGGAGGAGAAGCACAGCCAGGUGCAUGCGAACCGCAUCUUCUACCUGGCCCUGCCGCCGGUCGUCUUCGACCAGGUGACCCUCAACGCCAGCCGGAAGUGCACCUCCCCCUCGGGCUGGACCAGGAUCAUUGUGGAGAAGCCCUUUGCGCGGGACGACGUUUCCUUCCGGACCUACCAGACUUCGCUGUGCAACAGCUUCCGGGAGUCGCAGAUCUACCUGAUGGACCAUCUGCUCAGUCGGCAGGUGAUGCAGAACUUCUUCGCGCUGCGCUACUCGAACCACCUGUGGGGCGAGACCCUGAACAACCGCCACGUGGCGGCGGUGAUGAUCUCGGUGAAGUGCGAGCUCCCGGUGCAGGCGGGUCGGGCGGACUACUUCAACCAAUUCGGCAUCAUUCGCGACCUGAUGACCAACCACAUGAUCCAGGUACUGGCCAUGCUGACAAUGGACCAGCCGUACGCGAACUCCGCCGACGACCUGCGAGUCGAGCGGCUGAAGAUUCUGCGCCAGGUGCUGACCCCCAACAUGGGCGACGUGGUCCUUGCCCAGUACCGCAACAACGGGCGCGAAGCUGACCCGGCUAAGUGCGGGUACACGGAGCACAGCUACGUACCGAAGGACUCCUUCACGCCCACCUUCGCCCUGGUGGUGCUCCACAUCAACAACCGCCGCUGGUCCGGAGUGCCCUUCAUCCUGCGGGCCGGGAAGGCCAUGAACGACAGCAAGUCGGAGGUGCGGAUCCAGUACAAGCCCGGGGACUGCGACGUCUUCCACAGCGAAAGCGCGGACGUGCGCAACGAGUUGGUCCUGCGAUCCUUCCCCACAGAGGAGGUCUUCAUGCGCAUGCGCCUGAAGCGGCACGGCGAGGACCUCUGCCUCCGGGAGAGCGAGAUCAGCCUGCGGGUGGACGAUCGGGGACCGAAGGGCAUCGAGGGCUACCCCGGCUUCCUGCUCAACGUCUUCCAAGGCGACCAGACGCUCUUCAUGCGCACCGACGAGCAGUGCGAAAUCUGGCGGAUAUUCUCCCCGAUCCUCAGCUCAAUCGAGACGGACCGCCCCCGCCCGCUACACUACGACUUCGGGUCCCGGGGACCCCUGCAGGCCUACCGCCAGGCGGAGCGUGCCGGCUUUGUCUUCUUCGCCUCGGACGAGUGGCACCAGAGCGAGGAGGCACUGGAGUACACGGUCAAGAAGAGCAAGCAGCUCAUCGGACCCCACACCGCAUUCAAGCCGGUCAGGCAGCCCCGAUCCGUAAGGAACUCGAAGCUAAGCUCGAAGUCUUAAGGCAGAGGGCUAAUAAAAUCAGCAACGAAAGUUUUUUAAUUAAACAAGUGCAGAAUGCUGGGCAGAACCAGCUGGCCCUCUCUUCACCUUGGCUGCCCCACUAUCCCAGCCGAACUUAUAAACACUUUCCGUACUGCAGUUGUUGCCGAUGUUGCUGGAGAGGAUGUUGCCGCGGGGGCGUGAGCAACACGCACGCCCUGGCCAUUGUCCCUUGAACCUUGGAGCUAAGCAAACUUAUAAAUUCCCUAGGAAAAUUAUGUCUACUAAUAAUUGUGCAUACAACAUUUUGUCAAGCGUAAUAAAUUUAAUUUAGAUAUGUUCAUUAGUUGGAUAA